ACCCUUGUACAAAGAAAAGCAGGAAAGAAAAACCCAGAAGCAAGAGAUGGCGGAGAGUAGGAAAGAUCACUCCAGAAGAGUUCAUGCCCACGUGGUGGUUGUGCCAUACCCAAGCCAAGGCCACAUUAACCCUCUCCUCCAAUUCGCGAAGCACUUGGCUUUCAGAGGCGUCAAGGCCACUCUGGCCACCACCCGUUACACCGUCCCCUCCAUCUCCACCCCAUACGUCGGCGUCGAGCCCAUCUCCGACGGAUUCGACGACUCCGGCUUUGCCCAGGCCGGAAGCGAGGACGUCUACCUCAGCUCCUUCAAGGCCAAUGGCUCCAGAACUCUGUCCGAGAUCAUCCGCAAGUUCAAGAGCUCCGGCUUCCCUGUCGACUGCGUGGUUUACGAUUCGUUCCUUCCGUGGGCUCUGGACGUGGCCAGGGAGCACGGCAUCUACGGAGCUUCCUUCUUCACCAACUCCGCCGCAGUCAGCGCCGUCUUCUCCAUGCUGCACGACGGCAAGCUCAGCCUGCCGCUAAAGCUGGACGAGUCGCCGCUGCAGUUGCCUGGCUUGCCGCCUUUGUACUCGUACGACCUGCCUUCGUUCCUCAAGGCGCCUGGAAGCUACCCGGCAUACUUGGCCAUGAAGCUCAGCCAGUUCUCUAACUUGGAAGACGCGGAUUGGGUGUUUGGGAACACCUUUGAAGCGCUGGAAGGGAAGGUGGCUGGAACGGUGUCGGAGCAGUGGCCGGCGAAGCUGAUAGGACCCAUGGUGCCAUCGGCGUACUUGGACGAAAGGAUGGAGGAGGACAAGGGGUACGGAGCCAGCCUGUGGAAGCCGCUGGGGGAGAAGUGCAUGAAGUGGCUGGAAUCAAAGGCGAGGCACUCGGUGGCGUACGUGUCGUUUGGGAGCAUGGUAUCGUUGUCGGCGGAGCAGAUGGAGGAGGUGGCGUGGGGGCUGAAGGGGAGCGAGAUGAACUUCAUAUGGGUGGUGAGGGGAACGGAGCUGGGGAAGCUGCCAAGCCACUUCGUAGAGUCAACGAGGGAGAAGGGGGUGGUGGUGACGUGGUGCAACCAGCUGGACAUACUGGGGCACGGGGCGGUGGGGUGCUUCGUGACGCACUGCGGGUGGAACUCGACGCUGGAAGGGCUGAGCCUGGGGGUGCCCAUGGUGGGGGUGCCCAAAUGGGCGGAUCAGCUGACGGACGCCAAGUUCAUAGAGGGAGUUUGGAGGGUUGGGGUGAGGGCCAAGGAGGACCACAAGGGGAUUGUCACCAGGGAUGAGCUCAUUUCUUGCUUGAAGCAAGUCAUGGGGGAUGGGGAUGCUGCCGCGGAGAUGAGGGCAAAUGUCGCUAAGUGGAAGGCUCUCGCAAGGGAAGCCAUGAGCCAAGGCGGCAGCUCCGACAGGGCCAUUGCCCACUUUGUCCACCACCUCAUCAGCAAUAAGAAGCAGCAGCUAAACACAAACACAAACACAAACGCAAUUCAAUGGUCUGGGUAUAUGGGUAUGCGUGUGCCACCAAUUAAUUAAUUAAUGCCCGCCUGUGUUACCUACCUGCGUGUUUAUUUUCAUCGUCAGAUGAAUUCCGGCAGCAGCCGCGCAUUCAUCAUUUCUUUUUUCUUUUAGUUCUUGAAUGAGAAAUUAACCUUCUCUUUAAUCAA